CAGCAAGCUGUGCAUGAAUGAAGAGGUUAUAACCUAUGCACUGCCGGCCAUGUCCUUUUUAACCUGCCCGACCCCUCUCCAUGGCCGGCCUUCUUCUCUUGUUAGAUCCCAUUCCUGCUGCUUCCUGUGGGAAGCCGCAAGGCUGCCGCCGCCGCUCGCGCCUAGGUAGCAUUUGGUUAUAUAAGGAGGGAUCAUCAGAGCAAAUGGCAGCAGGAGAUUGGAGAGACGGGGAAUCGCUAGCUACUCUGCAACUUGCAACUUUGAUGCCGCUGAGUAAUGCAGCACAGUUUAGCUUUCUUCUGUUGUUCGGGGGGAAAAAAGCUAAGAUUGCUAAUAAGCUAGCUUCUCAGCAUGGAGCUACUGGAUUUGGCACAUAUGGACGGAGACGUCUGACAGAUUGCUUUUAUAACUUUCAGCUUUCAGAAUUUUUCAUUGUGCCACUUGAAAAGGUUAGCCGUGCAUGUAUACAAGUGACUUGUAGCUUCCUGCAAACCUGAUGCGUCACUGAUACUGCCCAGGCUCAUGAAGUAUAUAAGCCUAUUUGUACUAAAAUAUUUUUGCUUGUGCCCCUUAAUUACCCUUCUCUACAGAAAGAAGUUCAUCAUCUUUUCCUCACUGAUUUCAUAAUUUUUUCUGGUUAUAUAAAAAC